AUGGAUCUGACUCGAAAGGACCUGACUCGAAAGGACCUGACUCGAAAGGACCUGCCUCGAAAGGACCUGACUCCAAAAGACCUGACUCCAAAAGACCUGACUCCAAAGAAUCUGACUCCAAAGGCUCCAGCUCCAAAGAAUCUGGCCUUCAAGAACCUCGAUCUCAGCGUCGCGCUGCUCUUUGACCGCAGACACAGGCUGCAGCUGCUGUGCCUAAGUCACUGUGUUUUGGAGGAGGGAGGGGCUCAGCAGCUUUACAUGAAGAUGGUGGAGAUGCAGACAGAAGAACAGAUGGAAGUGGGAGGAAAUGCUCCUAGAGACCAUAGAAUGAAAUCUGAGGAAUGUGUUGUCCCAGUGGCUCAUUACUGGUAUGUGAGCCAGAUUUACAAAGAUGAAAUCAGACGCAUAGUAAAAGAAACAAAAGUUAGCAUGAUGCCAACUGUCACUGUGACAUUUAACACAGAACAUGAAGGUGGGAAUCCAAGUGAGGCUCUCAACAGGUUUGCAGAUCUCGUCCAAAAUUGUUUGUCUGAUUCCUCUUCCUCAGUUACUCCUCUGAAGUUUGUAGAUCCUGAUCGGUGGGGUGAUGCACUGAAAGUCAUUAAUAACAAUAACAACAAGCUUUUAGUCACCAUGUCCUCUGAGGAAAUGACCGUCUGUGGGCCACAGGAUUGUCAAAAUGUUCUUAGUUCAACUUUAAAUGCAACAGAGAAUUUCAACUCUGUUGAAGAGCCAUCUAGGUCAGCUAGAUCUCAAAACUUCAAUGAAGAGCUCUGCCUGAAAAUCAAAAUGACAAUCAAAGAUCAUCUGACCGAUACAGGACUAACCAUAGCUGAGAACUCAUGGAAACGCUUGAUCUCUUCCUAUGCUAAAGAACUUGCAAAAAUCAAAGCUAAGUUCAAUGUGGACUUUAAAGUAUCCACCAUCAGUGAGGGCAAAGUUAAUGUCAAAGCAUCCUACAAGACACGUGGAGGAAACCCAGCCAUGGAGAGCCAUGCUGUCAGAGCUCUGCUGCGUCUGUACCAGAAGAUUAUGAUGUCACCCAUGAACCAGCCUCCACCUUAUGGUGCCACUGGGCUCAGUGGUUCUGAAGAGGCUUCCAGCAGAGCUGGAAUGAAUGGUCAUUCAACACAGAACAGCAAAGAAUCGGCUACAGGGGGCGCAACCGAUGACAACAAAGAUGACCAAUGCCCGAUAUGUAUGUCUGGAUUUACUAAUAAGCAACGGCUGAAGUGUAAGCAUGAAUUCUGUCAAGAGUGCCUGCAAAGUGCAAAGAAGCACAGUGGACCAAUCUGUCCUAUAUGCAAAGAUGUGUUUGGCAUAAUGAAGGGAAACCAACCUGAUGGAACAAUGAGAUGCAUAAAACAUAAAUAUAUAGACCUCCCUGGAUUCCCAGGCUGUGGCCACAUAGAGAUUACCUACAGUAUCCCAGAUGGAAAACAAAAGGACAAUCACCCCAACCCUGGAGAACGAUAUUGGGGAACCACUAGAACUGCAUACCUUCCAGAUAACAUAGAGGGGAAUGAAGUUCUGCGCCUGUUGAAAAAAGCCUUUGACCAGAAGCUGAUUUUCACCAUUGGAGCUUCUAGGACAACUGGGAUGGAGAACGCAGUGACCUGGAAUGACAUCCAUCACAAGACAUCAAUGUUUGGAGGACCAGAGCGUUAUGGAUAUCCUGAUGAGACCUACCUGAGCAGAGUGAAAGAGGAGCUGAAAGCUAAAGGCAUUGAGUGAAAUCUUUAUUCUAUAUUAAGUGAAUAAAUCUUAAAUUUAUGAAUAUCUUCACAAAAUCCCACCAAAAAUGAACUUUGUUCUCAUAAAAGAAAAACCUUUGUAGUAGAUCUUAAUGAUUAGUUUGAAGUUCCCUGGAAGCUGAAAUACAUAUCUUAUCUUCUUUAAUGCAACUAAAUGAAUUACAGAAAUUUGAAAGAAUUUGCUGAGUUUUUUCCUUGAUUAACUUUUCUUUACAUAUACUCUAUAAACCGUGGGUGUAAUUUACAA